AAACGUCACGUGACUGUAAUCCAGCACCUACCUGAUCUGAGUCUUCAAUGUCUACAGGUCAGCUGAAAUUCGCUUCCUGUGAUAUGUUGAUUUUCUAACUGUCCUUAAACUUAUGAUUUUCGAACUUGUGUAAGUAAUUUAUAAUGAGUAAAUCAUCACCUAUAUACAUUUCUGAUGAUAGCGAGGAUGAGAAAGAGAAAAACUGCAGCGAUCGUGUUUUUGAGGAGGUAUUUUCCGAGGAUGACAACUCGAUGCCAGGAAGCUGUGUUUUCAAGCAUUUCUCACCUCUCACUCCAGUGAAAGUCAAGAGAGAAGCAGAAGAAACAACUCCUACCAAAUCACCUUUGAAUGUCUCUCCAAAAAUUAAGAUUACUGUUGAUAAGGAUCGUUUAAAAUGGUUGUCCGGGGUUAUUAAACUAGCUAGCGUUUCUCCUGUCAAGUAUGAAAGCUCAACUUGUGAGGGCGUGUGUACCGCGACAAGUAAAGCUGUCAAACAUUUAGAGAUGCCAGACAUAGAGGACCACCUUCUACAGCCUUCAAGUUCAUACAGAGUCCCUCAAGAGACUGAAAAAGAGGAUCAUAAAGAUCACCUCCAGCUAUCUUCAAAGUCUACAAAUGAGGAAAGCUUACCUUCUUUGCCUUGGUCACACUCACCCUUGUCAUAUAAAAAUUCUCCAGAUAAGCCAACAUUUUCCAGUAGAACACCAAAGAAGUCAAAUCUUCAGAAAGCAAUUGAAUCUCCAAGAAAAGUUGGUAUAUUUGGUUCACCUCAGAAACCUCUAAAACAAAUGUUCAUCUYAGAGGAAGUUUUCUCUCCCAAAAAGUCAAUGGGAAGUCCUUCUGAAAAAAUAGAAGACACAUCUCAUCACACACCACCCCUGCAUGCUUGUCAUUUCAAUGGUUAUGUUUCUGUUCACAAGCUUGAAAGACCAGUAUUCCCAUUUUCAGAAUUCCAGCUCAUUGUGUUAGAAGGUAUCAAAGAGGAAGGUUUAGUAGCUAAAUAUAUUGACACACUUAUAAGUUAUGUGUCCAAGUACAGGAAGCCUCCACCAGAAAUAUGUUUCUACCUUUUAAGUGAAGUUCUGUUGAAAUCUGAUUCUAUUUCCUUAGCAACAAAAUGUUUUUGGGCAUUGAAAAGGAUUCAAGCACUACACCCUUCUGUGCCAGAGCAAAUGGAGAAGACUUGCAUCACCUGGGAGACAAUUGAAAUGAUCGUAGAAAGAAUGGAGUUAACAGGAUGUAGAUGUAAGAAAAGUGAAGAUUCUAAUGACCAACCUUGCAUCAGGUCUUUUAGUGCUUUCAAAGCUUUGGCAUUCUUGAUCAAUAUCAUGGAAUCAGAGGCAGUAAGAAAGCAGUUUUGUCUAAGAAGGACAAUUGCUUUUAGAUUACUUUCUGUUCAGAGAAUCUCUAGCAGAAAUGUCAACCAGGUAGUCUGGUGGAUUAAGGAAUUAUGUAUGGCUACCUCACAUUGCAAAAAGAAAGAUCCUACAGCUGAGUCCAAGGUGUUUGAGACCAUCACUGAUCAUGAUGCCUGCAUACAUAAGAAAGAAAACUAUCUAUAUCAAGCUAUUGAUCUUUUCCAGAGACUUAUUCAGUUAAGUUUGUCUGUCAGUGAAGACCCUGAAAGCUGUGCAACUAAACUUGUUGGUGAAUUGCUUUUUGCCUACAAUCAACUUGAACAUCUUGAGUGCCGCACCAUCUUUUUACAGUCAAUUCAUUCCCAUUUGUUAAGAAGCAAGUUCCUUGAGAAGUAUCUUGAAGUUUAUUGUAAAGAUACAGAAGCAAAUCGAAACAUCUCCCAUUACAGUGGGAUUCAGAAGAUUGUCCAAGUGGACUUUGAAAGGCUCCCCCCAAAAAGAGACUAUCUUACAGAAGAGACCUCAGAGGCAAGGAAAUGCCAUGAAUGGCACAGAGGUCGGGAAGACUGUGAGGAAAUGAGCAUGGUUCUCUCAUACUCUCUUCAGAGUUACUUAUUUUCCCACCACAAGAAACUCCAGUGUUCACCAAAGAGAAUUCCAUUAACAUCUAAAGUAGAGGAAGAAUCUAAUAAAAAACAAGCUAACAGUCAUCAUCUUUCCAUUACUGACGUAGAUGAGAUUUGUAACAUGGGUGACAAAGUGGUGAUUAUGGCUGGGAGACUCAUGAGCCUUUGCCCUGAAGCUUCUUUGAAUGCAAGAACUAAUCACCUUAUUGAACUUUUGUCUGAUAUGAAGUUAUGGGAUCCUUGGUAACAUGACGAAACUCACAGUCUGUCAUCUUUCUUCAGGCUCCGAGUCAUUUUGGAUCUUUGGAUAUACUGGAAGAUUGCUAGUUUAAAGAGUCACUCAUCCUAUAUGCAUUCAAGGUUACAAAAAUACUUAAAUUGAUGGAGUAUGUAGGGGAAAAGGGGACUUUAACCGCCCAUAGACAAAAAUGGCCGUAAAAAGUAAUGAGACAUUAAAUUAUUAUGGUACCAUUUCCCAGCAUACAUAUUCAUAUGACCAAGAUCUGCAGAACGUAAUUCUCACUAGGUUUUAACUUAGUGUAUUCAACCUGUAAAUAUAAUAUAUAGAUUUGUAUCUUGGAGCUCUCUUUAAAUAUCAAGCAAUAUGGAUCUCACCACCAAACCCUGGUUUUAUAGGUUGAAACAUGUUUACAUAAACAACAUAAAUAAAAAACGAUGCAUUAUGCUGCCUGAAAUGUUUACCCGAUGAGAGCCUGAUUAUUUCAUUCCCAUGUAUCUUUGCGUGCCUAUGCACAUUGAUUGGGUACAGAAAUAAACAGAAAUAAAAGUCGGUCCAGUUCUGGAGUAAACAGUACCUGAUUAUUGCUGCUCACAUGAAACAACACUUUGGUGCGAGAUCUGUAAUAAUAGCAGUAGCUCCAGUUGUCAAGAGACAGUAUAAUAUAAUGCAAAUUCAGUAAACUUUAUUGUUACAGUUAGUUGGUCUUUUAGCAUCAUACAUGCAUCCACCAUCGUAAAUAUGCACAAUAUUAACUUGCAAGCAGAGGUCAAUUUUUCAGUACCUUCUCCCUUUCUCUUCUCUCAAGCAUUGUGCUUGUGGGGUCAGAAGGCUACUGGGUGCCCAUUCAUGUGCUUUGAAGCAAAGCCUGAGGGGCUGAAUUAAGCCCAUUUUCACAAAAACAGACCUAUGAGCGGGAUAAAAAGAAAGUAGUAAAAUAUAAUUGGAUACAUAUUUUAUAGGAUAAAAAGAAAGUAGUAAAAUAUAAUUAGAUACAUAUUUUAUAGGGUAACUUUAUAUGAACUUUUUGAAAAUAAGUUUAAUUUAUAGUUAAAGGCUGAAAAAAGGGAUUAAAUAAAAUA